UUGAUCCUACAUUAUUCUAGCUACACAGCGCAAAGGUUCCUCCUACAUUCUAGCUAGGAUUCCACGAGGACGACGUCGAACGACCCACCGACGACGUACGCCCGUACGAACAAAGCACGAGCUGCGGCGGCCAUGGCGCUGUCGGCCACCAACUUGAAUACGCUCAAGGCGCUGCUCUGCGCCGUGUUCCUCCUGUCCACGACCGUCGACAUCGUCGUCGCCCUCGGCCACUGUGAGCCUACGGCGGCGGUGGUAGUGCCCGCCGGCGCCGGCCGGAGAAUGCUGGGCGCCGCUGCGAGCUCGGCGUCUGCCGUGAGCAUGCCGCGGCUCACUCGCCCCGCCCCCGCGGCCGCCGCCGCGACGUACUCCGAGUCGAAGAGGGCGAGCCCCAGCGGGCCAGAUCCUCAGCACCAUUAAUCACCAAUUUACCACUCGCUCUUGCGCAUUUUGUUGCUACGUGUGGAACUACGGAUAUAUAUGGCGAGCUGCAAGCAGAGUCAGAGUUUCGUAAGUUGGCACCAAUACCUAAUAAAUAUUUUGAAUAAGACGGUCAAUUUUUUUUAAAAAAAGUUAAUUGUGACAUAUUUAUGAACGGAGAGAUUACUAUGCUUGUAAUAUGUUCUUUUAAAAACACAAGGGUUGAAGGGACAUUGAUUAUUGCGCUGAUGUCUAGUGGCGACGUACGCCACCAUGGUGUGGAGAAAAUAAAUUUGUCCUCGAGCACGUGCUCUCCUGUUGCACC